AGCAUGUCCCAGCACAUCCCAGUGUGUCCCAGUGUGUCCUGGGACAUCCCAGUGUGUCCCAGUAUGUCCCAGUGUGUCCUGGCAUGUCCCGGGACGUCCCAGUGUGUCCCAGUGUGUCCCGGGAUAUCCCGUUAUGUCCCAGUGUGUCCUGGCAUGUCCCGGGACAUCCCAGUAUGUCCCAGUGUGUCCCGGGAUAUCCCAGUAUGUCCCAGUGUGUCCUGGCAUGUCCCGGGACAUCCCAGUGUGUCCCGGAACGUCCCAGCGUGUCCCCCCCCGCUGUCCCCGCGUCCCCAGUGCCAGGGGACACCCCUGUCCCCUGCGUGUCCCCUGCGUGUCCCCCGGGCGUGGCCUCGAUGUCCCCGGGCCCCCCGAGUGGGGCCAGGGCUGGGGACAGACCGGGAGGUGGCACCGGCUGUGACCCGAGGACGGGACACAGAGAUGGCACCGGGAUGUGACAUGGGACACAGGACAGAGAUGGCACUGGGAUGUGACAUGGAGAUGGCACCAGGAUGUGACACAGGGACACAGGACAGAGAGAUGGCACCGGGACGUGACACGGGACAAAGAUGGCACCAGGACAUGGCACGGGACAGAGAUGGCACCGGGCUGCGACCCAGAGAUGGCACUGGGUGUGACACAGAGGUGGCACCAGGAUGUGACAAAGGACACAGGACAGAGGUGGCACCGGGUGUGACACAGGGACACAGAGAUGGCACCGGCUGUGACACAGAGGUGGCACCGGGUGUGACACAGGUGGCACGGGGCUGUGACCCGGGCACCCGGUGCCACAGGACACCCGGAGCGGUGACGGGGACAGGCCGUGGGGACACACCCAGAGGUGCCACCCCAGGGCCACGCCCCAGGCCCGAGACACGAGGGGACUUUGGGGGCACUUUGGGGACACGGCCCAGGGCGGGGCAGCGGUGACACGGUGACAAUCAGGGGCGGGGCCACCUCGGCGCCGUGUCCC